AUGUACGAUUUAGUUCUGCGAUCGCUCGACCCUCUUCUAUCGGCCCUUUCUGCUCUGUCUGCGCUAAUCGUGCUAUCUGCCCUGUUUGCACUAUCUGCCCUGUUUGCACUAUCUGCUCUGUUUGCGCCAAUUGCUCUAUUCGCGCUAUCUGCGCCAAUUGCGCUAUCUGCGCCAAUUGCGCUAUCUGCGUUAGGUGCUCCUGCUCGUAGCCCAUGCACAGUUUUCGGCCGCCCAGUAUGGGAGAGCAUCUACGGCUUGCACGAGGACAACCAACUUCCCCCCGCCAACAUCUCCCUUCCGCCAAACGUGCCCCCCGCGCCCCACCUUGAGGACUGCACGGCGCGCACGGCGUUCCGCCUGGCCGCGGAGCAGCGCGGGCCGAACGGGGAGCCGCCGGAAUGGGCGCGCCCGCCCAAGUGCUGCGGAUGCAACCCGCAACCCCCGUGGGUUCGGGGAGCGGACGACGAGAACCUAGCGCUGACGCGGCGGGUGCAGGCAGAGAUCUGGGAGAACCAGUUCCCAGCAGAGCGCAAGUGUGCGGGCAGGAAGCUGCUGGUGGUGCAGUGGGCGCCGCAGAAGCACCACGGCGUGGGUCUCGUCGCCAUUCCCGGCUCCUAUGGCCGCGCGGAAGACGCUGGGUGUCAAGCUGCGGGGCAGUACGGCGAGUGGGAGUGCUUCUUCUUCUCCUUUGCAGACCCCGCGUGCCAGCAGAUAGUGCGUGAGAUGAAGGACAGCAAGGCGCUCCAGUGCUCGCAGUCCUUUGCCUCGCAGGUCGCUGGGUCGUCAGACGUGGUCGCGUGCCUGGACUACAUGCCCUAUGGGGACCUCGAGAUGAAGGCCAAUAUCACAUGGCGGUGGGGAGGGCCGCAAUGGCAGCAGCCGGACACUGUGUGGCAUGUCCCGGGCACAGAGUCGCACAAGGCACACACAAUGCAGGUCCACUGGUGGCGGGCGCAAGCCACGCGCUUCAUGCUGCGCUGGCCUUCGGCGUACCUCUGCCACGUGACCAACCGCGUGCGCCACUCCGCCUACGGCCACCGCGUGGCAGCACGCCUCGCCCGCUUCGACAUCACACGAGCGGAGCUCCUCCGGGAGUUUGCUGGAGACACAGCAGGCGAUGCAGCUCGCAGCAACAUCAAGCUGUCGCCGCAAGCCGCAGCCGCCGCUGCCGUGCCGUUCCGGGAAGGGUCGUAUAAGCAGGCCCAGGGGUUGUUUCCCUGGGCGCAUGGGGCGUGCAGCAAGGAUGCGUGCGGCAGCGCGGGGGAGAGGGGGAAGCGGGCGGCGUAUCUGAGGGAGAUGUUUGAAGGGGUGGGGGGGGAGCCGUAUGUGAUGAGUCCGAUUGUGAGCCUGCAUGUGCGGCAGAGCGACAAGGUGGAGGAGAUGCAGCUCAUGCCGCUCAGCCUGUAUAUCUUCUAUCUCAACAGGCUGCGGCUCAUUCGUGCGGAUCUGUCUUAUGUGUGGCUUAACACCGAGUCGCAGGCUGUGAUUGAUGGGAUUGCCAAGUACAAGGACUGGACGUUUAUAUACUCCAAGAAUGCCCGGCAAGAUUCAUCCACGACUGACACGCGGCACUAUGAUGACGCACAAUCCGUGGCUAUAAGCUUUGCGAGUGUACUAAUAUCUGCGCAAAGCGACUACUUCAUUGGGACUCUUGGGUCCAACUGGAGUAGAUUGAUGAACGAGCUUCGUUCCACAAGUGGACGCCUAUUUUAUCCGUUUAUUGCCAUGAACGACGGAGACUGGUGA